UUAUCUGGCUGUUUAAUUUGAUGCCUUCGACUUCAAUGACCCAAAGUUGCCGUGCCUCCAGCUCUUGAGCCGUCGAAAGCUGAUGGAGGAAGUCGCCGACACGAAGGCCAGGAAGGGUGGUGCUCGCCUCUGUAGCCUCUGUGAUCAGAGAAGGGCUGCUCUUAAAAGACCCAAAACUCUAGAGCAGAUUUGCAGGGAGUGUUUUUAUAAGGUGUUUGAGGAAGAGAUACACCAAGUGAUUGUGGAUAACCAGCUAUUCAAGCCUGUUGAGCGUGUUGCUAUUGGUGCCUCUGGUGGUAAAGAUUCUACAGUUCUCGCUUAUGUGUUGUCAGAAUUAAAUCGCCGGCAUAAUUAUGGUCUCGAUCUCUUCUUAUUGUCUGUUGACGAAGGCAUUACUGGUUACAGGGAUGACUCGCUUGAAACUGUCAAAAGAAAUGAAAUUCAGUAUGGCUUGCCCUUGAAGAUUGUUUCCUACAAGGAUUUGUAUGGAUGGACAAUGGAUGAGAUUGUGAAGAUGAUUGGUUUAAAGAAUAAUUGCACAUUUUGUGGUUUUCGUCGUCAGGUAACACAGUAUUCCAGCCCCCACUCUCAAAAACAGUACAAGAAUGAAAUUUAAAAUGUGUUGUGUUAUUUGUCUUAAAAGGCCCUUGAUCGGGGUGCUGCAUUGUUGAAAGUAGACAAGGUUGCUACUGGGCAUAACGCAGGUGAUAUUGCCGAAACAGUUCUUUUGAAUAUAUUGCGAGGCGAUAUUGCUAGAUUGAGUAGAUGCACUUCAAUAACAACUGGUGAAGAUGGUCCAAUUCCAAGAUGCAAGCCUUUCAAGUACACCUAUGAGAAGGAGAUUGUUAUGUAUGCCUAUUUCAAGAGGCUGGACUACUUCUCCACAGAAUGUAUAUAUUCUCCAAAUGCAUAUCGUGGUUUUGCUCGUGAGUUCAUCAAAGAUUUGGAGAGAAUCAGACCUAGGGCCAUACUUGACAUCAUUAAAUCGGGGGAGAAUUUCAAAAUAUCCACUAAUACAAAAAUGCCAGAGCAGAGGACUUGUGAACGUUGUGGUUACAUUUCAAGCCAGAAAUGGUGUAAAGCUUGUGUUCUACUUGAGGGACUGAACCGGGGUUUGCCAAAGUUGGGUAUUGGGCAAAGCCGAGGCCUUGAUAAUGAUGGCAGAAAGGAAGUGAAACACAGUAACGGAACAAAAAAUAUUGAGAGCAAACAAUGUGGAACUUUGGAUUUCUGAUAUAAAUUGCAUAUCCUUUCAACAUUGAGAAACUUGCACUUGUUUCAUGAAAGCCAAUACAAAGCUAGCAUGCUUGGUUAUGCAGCCUUAUUGUCACUGGUAUAUUUUUAUUUGAAUUGAUUUGAAAUUUGCGAUUUUACUUGGAAAA